GAUCAAGAUCACCAGACUGUAUUCCCACAAUAACCAUCUUGUACCCACACCAUUGCUGUAUGAACCGUAUUUACUUGUAACAUCUUCUCUAGAUUCUCCACGUUGGACCGUCGUCAGGUUUCCCCCUUUGCAUCCUCAAAGUCAUCACUCGGAGCGAUAUGGACUACAAGAAGAUAGCGAGCGACGUUUACAAUCUUGCAGAGUCAGAUGAACCCAUAGCACCCAUUGUAAGAGAGGCAUUGCAGGUCAUCGAGCAGUGUCUGGCUCAAUACGGGCAAGACCACGUAUCUCUAAGUUUCAACGGCGGGAAGGAUUGCACCGUCCUACUUCAUCUGUAUGCUGCGGUUCUCGCCAGAAAGGUGUCGUCAACGCAUAACCCUAUAUUCGCAUUAUACAUUCCAGACCCGUCACCAUUCUCUGCACUGGAGGAAUUUAUCAAGAUAGCUACGCAAGACUACCUCCUCAAUCUUUUCACAUGCAAUCUAUCCUCAGAUAUUCAGUUGCCUGUGGAAAGUGUGACGCCUGGUGUGUCGACCCCAACAGCGCUUAAGGGGAGCAGUGGCUACAUAGGACAUAGCCUUCAGACUCGGCCUGUCGGAGCGGCUAGGGGAGGUGAAGGGAUGCGGCGAGCCCUGGAGUUGUACAAAUCACGUUUCCCGGAUAUUCAAGCGAUUUUGGUGGGCACCCGACGAACGGACCCCCAUGGAACAACCCUAUCAUACAGAAAUGUGACAGAUCCUGGAUGGCCCGCCUUCGAACGAAUAAACCCAAUCAUCAAUUGGGCAUACUCAGAUGUCUGGACAUUCCUAAGGAAACUCAAAAUUCCGUACUGUACGUUGUAUGACGAAGGUUACACGUCUCUGGGAUCCACAUAUAACACAUUACCAAAUCCAGCCCUACUUGUCAAGGAUUCUGAUUCAUCCCACACUCUUCCUUCUUCACUCACAGUUGUGGCAAACAAUCCAAAUGCAAUGUGUUUCGUCGAACCAACACCACCAAAGUCGUCUCUGAACGGCAUUGGUCCUUUUACCAUCAUUGCCGAUAACCCCGACCAGAUAUGCCUCGCCGACCCUGUCUCUGAUUUGAGGGUGUCAGAGUCACCUAGGAGCACACUAGGACCUUUCCAGGUUCUGGUCAACGAUCCAAAUACUCAAUGCCAGGGCGAGGUUAAUGACAGGAGUGCCAAUGGUGUCAGGCUUCCACCGCGGUAUCGACCCGCAUAUGAGCUACAGGAUGGAGCCCUUGAGCGUGCUGGGCGAGUUUCAGGUCCCGUGAUAUCAGAGAUCUGAUUAAUGUUAUAGACGACCCGGCAGAUAGAAUAACAUCAUUAUUCCUGUAUUUGACAUGGAUCACUUGCAGCUGUAUUCAUUAUUUCCAGAGCUUAAAAGUUGACUGGGGUCUGACCACCAUUUGACCAGG